UCGAUAUAAUUUAUCAUUUCAGAUUUUUUUGACAAGUUAGUUAAAACUGGUUUUCACUUUUCAUGGAUGAAUGGAACAUGGGUUUUUAGGAAACUAUUGACAACAACCACCACCUGCAACAAUCUGCCUUCUUCAUGGCUUUUGUCUUUGACUUCCAUUUUUUCAUCAUCACCAAAUAAUCUCAUUUUAAACCAACAACAAUUAUGCAGUCUUUUAUCCAUUUCUGCAAAACAAUCCUAUUUCAAUCUUGGUCUUUCAGUCCAUGCCACUUUAAUCAAAGCUCCCCCAGUUGACAAUCUUCCUAUUUGGAAUUCCCUCUUGUUCGUAUACUCGAAAUGCCGGUCCUUGAAUGAUGCCUGCAAGUUGUUUGAUGAAAUGUCUCUGAGAGAUUCUGUUUCUUGGAACACUAUCAUUUCUGGGUUUUUCAGGAAAGGGUUUAUUAAUGAUGGGUUUGGGUACUUUAAAGUGAUGUAUGGGUGUUCUGAUGAUCGGUUUGAUCGCGGGACUAUUACUACGCUGUUUUCUGUUUGUGAAGGUUUUGAGUUUUUGAAUGUUUGUAAGAUGAUUCAUACUUUGGUUAUACUUCAUGGGUAUGAGCUGGAAAUUAGUGUUGGGAAUGCUUUGAUAACGGCGUAUUUUGGUAGUGGGUGUUUUAGUUCAGGAAGGCGGGUUUUUGAAGAGAUGAUUGAUAGGAAUGUGGUUACUUGGACAGCGAUGAUUUCUGGACUUGCGCAGAAUCGGUAUUGUGAAGAAAGUUUGAAUGUGUUUGUGGAAAUGCGUCGAGGGUUGGUCUCUCCUAAUAUUUUGACGUACUUGGGUGCGCUAAUGGCGUGCUCUGGUUUGCAGGUACUUAAAGUAGGGUGUCAGAUACAUGGGCUUGUUUUGAAAUUAGGUAUGCAUUUGGAUUUGCAUUUAGAAAGUGCACUUAUGGAUAUGUAUUCCAAAUGUGGUGGCAUGAAAGAAGCAUGGGAGAUAUUUGAGUCUGCUCAAGCUCUUGAUGAGGUUUCCAUGACAGUGAUUUUAGCUGGUUUUGCACAAAAUGGAUGUGAGGAAGAGGCUGUUCAAGUAUUCGUGAGAAUGGUGAAAGAAGGAAUCGAGAUUGACCCAAACAUGGUUUCUGCUGUUUUAGGAGUGUUUGGUGGCGAUACUUCCUUGGCUUUUGGUAAACAAAUCCAAUCUUUGGUUGUUAAAAAAGGGUUUGGUUCGAAUCAGUUUGUUAGCAAUGGGCUAAUCAACAUGUACUCCAAGUGUGGUGAAUUGGAAGAGUCGAUCAAAUUCUUUGAAAAAAUGGUGAGUAAAAACUCCGUCUCAUGGAAUUCUAUGAUUGCAGCUUAUGCUCGUCAUGGUAAUGCUUAUAAAGCUCUUCAAAUAUAUGAAGAAAUGCGACAAGAAGGUAUAAAACCAACCGACGUUACCUUUCUAUCUUUGCUUCAUGCUUGUAGUCAUGUAGGUUUAGUUAGUAAAGGCAUGGAAUUCUUUGAAUCCAUGGAGAAAGACUACGGAAUUGUUCCAAGAAAGGAGCACUAUGCUUGUGUAGUUGACAUGUUAGGACGAAAAGGGCUUCUAAACGAAGCCAAAUCUUUUAUUGAGGGACUACUUGUAAAGCCUGAUGUACAACUUUGGCAAGCAUUGUUAGGUGCUUGUAGCUUUCAUGGUAACUCAGAUAUGGGGAAGUAUGCAGCCACCCAAUUAUCUCUGGCUAUACCAGAUAGCCCUGUGCCUUACAUUUUAAUGGCAAACAUUUAUUCAUCAAAAGGAAAAUGGAAAGAGAGAGCUGAAACUAUAAGAACAAUGAAAAAUGUAAGAAUGGCAAAGGAUACAGGAACAAGUUGGAUUGAGAUGGACAAGCGAGUACAUAGCUUUGUCGUUGAUGAUCGUAUGCACCCACAAACUGAGGCCAUUUUCGGGGUUUUGUUAGUUUUAUUUCGACAUUUGACUGAUGAAGGAUAUGUACCAGAUAAGAGAUUCAUACUGCGCCACUGGGAAGAUGAAAAAUAACAUGGAAAAAAAACUAUUCACAGAGAUAUUGUGCGUAAUUGAAUUCUGUAGAUAGCACUAUUGUAGGUUUUGCAGAAUCUUUUCCCCGUGUUAUAACUUAUAUGUAGUGAAUUAACUUGGUGAAAAUCUCUUUAUCUUCAUUAUAUGAAAAGAUGAAUUAGAUGAAACUUAAGAAGGUUCACACAAGAUGCUUUUCAUUUCCAGCAUCAAAUACUACCAAGAUUGGAAAAAGUUAAUUUGUAAGAAAAUAUCUUUUGAAUUGUAUAUUUGUGUACCCCUUUAACACAUUUUAGUAUUGAAGACUUGAAGUCGAUGUUCCCCUGGUUGCAUUGGCACGUGUAUGAGGGUUGUUUUGUUAGAGCAAUGAAAUCUGAUUACUUUUACACUGCUGUUGUAUGCCCUUUCUAGCAGAGUUAUUCCUCUGCCACUCUCAAUUACAGAUUUGGUUCUUGUCUCAUUAUCGAUGAUUUUAUACUUGUGCGUAGGCGUUGUGGAUUGCUGAUGUAGUCAUCCAUAGAAAAUGUCUGGAUUGUGCUCUCUAGCAAAGCCAUGCCAUGUAAUCAGGUUACAUAACAUUAGUAUCUGUUGGUAAUGUAAAGUAGGUUUGCGAUUAUAAGAAAAAGGAUGUUUCUGUGAAUGCAAACUACAUUUUUAUA